GGCUGCUCCACUCUAACCCUGAGCCUUUUGGAUAGAGACGGAGCUUUAUUCUUCUGACAGUCGCAAAGACAACAUGGACGUCCACAGAGUGUCUAACCACAACCAAAUGGAUUAUAACUUCGACAGCAUGGAGCCAAAACACGGGAAAAUAUUGCAUUGUCAAGACGACCGUUUAGACAGCGGCCUGGAGUCCCUGAAGGAGGACGAGCUGGUGAACGUGUUUGAGGAUAUGAAUAUGAACUUUAACGAGGAGCCCGCACAGGAAUACGAGCCGUGGAGAGCUGCGGUGACUGAGGAUGGUGACACGCUUCUCCACUUGGCCAUCAUUCAUGAAGCAAAAGAACAUGCCUUUCAGAUGAUCAAACUUUCUCACAAUCACCCCUUCCUCAAUGCACAGAACCACCAGAGACAGACUGCCCUCCACCUCGCAGUGAUCACGGAGCAGCCCCAGUUAGUGGAGAGGCUUCUGAAUGCCGGCAGUGACCCGUGUAUGGCCGACGACAGCGGGAACACAGCUCUCCACAUCGCCUGCAAGAAGGGCUCCCUCGCCUGCUUCGGCGUCAUCACCCAGAACUGCAAACGCCACAUCACGUCCAUGGUGACCUUCCCCAACUACAGUGGACAUAACUGUCUCCACUUGGCGUCCAUUAACGGCUACAUUUCAUUGGUCGAAAGCCUCGUUCGGCUGGGUGCAGACAUCAACGCACAGGAACAGUGCAGCGGACGGACGUCGCUCCACCUGGCCGUCGAUCUACAGAACCCCGCGCUGGUCCAUCACCUGCUCGAACUCGGCGCGGACGUCAACUGCUUCAACUACGGCGGCUUCACGCCGUACCACCUCACGUACGGACGCCAGAACGAAGAGAUCCGCCGGCAGCUGUACGAGAGGACGGCACAGGAGCUGAGGGAGCUGCCCGACAGCGAAUCAGAUGAGAGCGACAUGGAGGAUCUGGAGUCAUCGGAAGAUGAGUUGUACGAUGACAUAAAGUUCGGAAAGUAAACCAUCUCUUACCGGUGGUGUGAACGACAGUGAAGCUGCUACUGGGUUGCCCAGCCACGGACGGCCACCCCCCCCCCCUCCAACGUGGGA